AUGAAACCAAAAGAGAGAGAGAGAACUCAAAAAGUAACGUAAAAUAAUCAGAAAAAAACAGUACUGUACAUGCUUCUUGCCCUCGUUUGCAAUUGUAUUUUCAGUAGGGGAAGCUGGCGGCACCGAACGGUAAAAAACCAACUGCUACAUCGCUGCCACCCCAAAAAUCUUCCUUACUGCAUUUCCACAAACCCCAAAAUAAUUUCUUGGCCUUUCUUUAACACCUUACAAUUCAAUGUCCACAUCUUGUCAGGUUCAGGUUGGAUUUUUGGUGCCUCUAAGUGAUAAUUUGGAAGAGGAUGAGAAAAGUUCCAUACCUAAGAUUCCACUUCUAGAAGGGUUUAAUUGGGUGGGCCGCGAUUGCAUUCCAGUUACUGAUAAACGGCUGAGCCGCAAGCAUCUUACUGUCACUGCCACCUCCACUGGCUCCACUGAUGUCCUCGUGGAAGGAACGAAUCCCGUUGUUAUAAGAUUAAAGGGUGAGAGAAAGAAGCUUUUGUCUGGAGAGAGGUGGAAAAUUGAAAGUGGUGAUGUCAUAGAGUUGAUACCGGGCCAUUACCUAUUUAAGUAUGUUAGCACAGUUCCUAAGGAUGAAACUUCAACAAUCAACAAACAAAAAAGGCCUUUCAGUGAAGAAAGUAUUACCGACAAAGGUCAGAUGCAUGGUAAGAAGAAAGCUCGAGAAGUCUGUCAAGAGGAAGCUUCAGAAAAGAAUAUGCUGCACAACAAUGGCCAAGAAACAGAAAGCUCUGUUGAGGCCAUACGCCAGUUUAGGGUUCCGAAGCAUAAGUUACCGCUCACAUUCAAAUUAAUGAGAGUGCGUGAGCUUCCAGCAUGGGCAAAUACCGAGGCCGUUUCUAUUAAUGAUGUUAUUCAGGGGAAUGUGCUUGUAGCUAUCCUUUCGAAUUACAUGGUGGAUAUGGAUUGGCUACUUUCUGCAUGUCCAGCUCUUAAACGGAUUCCCAAUGUUCUCAUCAUUCAUGGAGAAGGUGAUGGUGUCAUGGAGCACAUGAAGAGAAGCAAGCCCGCAAAUUGGGUUCUGCACAAACCUUCUUUACCAAUUGCAUAUGGAACACAUCAUUCAAAAGCCAUGAUUCUUGUGUAUCCAACAGGAGUUAGAGUUAUUGUGCAUACUGCAAACUUGAUCUAUGUUGAUUGGAAUAACAAAAGCCAGGGAUUAUGGAUGCAAGAUUUCCCAUGGAAGGAUCAAAACAAUUUGGGCAAGGAUGGGGGAUUUGAAAAUGAUUUGGUUGAUUAUCUAAGUGCGUUAAAGUGGCCAGAAUUUACUGCUAACAUACCAGCCUUUGGAAGCUGCAAGAUCAAUUCCUUGUUCUUCAAAAGAUUUGAUUACAGUAGUGCAGCGGUUAGGCUAAUUGCAUCUGUGCCUGGAUAUCAUUCAGGUCCUAGUUUGAAGAAGUGGGGUCAUAUGAAGUUACGUACUAUUCUUCAGGAAUGUACUUUUAGCAAAGAAUUUCAGAAAUCUCCUCUUAUUUACCAGUUCUCCUCCCUAGGUUCUUUGGAUGAGAAAUGGAUGGCGGAGCUCGCCUCUUCAAUGUCGGCUGGAGUUUCAGAAGAUAAAAAACCUCUGGGCAUUGGGGAGCCGUUGAUAGUAUGGCCCAAUGUCGAAGAUGUUAGAUGUUCUUUGGAGGGAUACGCAGCUGGAAAUGCCGUUCCAAGCCCAUUAAAGAAUGUGGAGAAACAAUUUCUGAAGAAGUAUUGGGCUAGAUGGAAGGCUAGCCACACUGGUCGUUGUCGUGCAAUGCCUCAUAUCAAGACGUUUCUACGCUACAAUGGUCAAUCAUUAGCGUGGUUAUUGCUUACUUCGUCAAAUCUCAGCAAAGCUGCCUGGGGAAGUCUUCAGAAAAAUAAUUCUCAGUUGAUGAUUCGUUCCUACGAGCUAGGCGUGCUCUUUUUGUCAUCUUCUGUUAAACGUGGCUGUGGAUUUUCUUGUACAGAUAAUGGUUAUCCAUCAGAGGACGAAACUAGUAUGCACGAAGGGAAAAGAAUAAAGCUGGUAACUCUGGCUUGGAAAGGAAAGGAAAACGAUGAUUCUGCCGAAGUAAUAAAGUUGCCUGUGCCUUACGAGCUUCCUCCAAAACCAUAUUAUCCUGAAGAUAUCCCUUGGUCAUGGGAUCGUCGUUAUACCAAGAAAGACGUGUAUGGCCAAGUUUGGCCAAGACAAGUGAAGCUAUACACCAACCAAGACUCAUGAUAUUCUCGAUGAUGGGAUUAUUGUGUUAGGUGAUAAGUUUAAUGAUUUAAUUAUCAAUUGACACUAGAUUAGAGUCCUUGCUUUUUCCGUAUAUAUUCUGCGAUACGAAUCUUUUAGAAUGUUGGUAGCACCAUUAUGAGCUGAUUUUCUGUAGACAGUUGAUGAGCUCUUCGUCGGUUGACACUCAAUUAGAGUCCUUGCUUCUGUAUAUAUUAUUAGGCAUGAAUCUUUAGAAUGUGAGUGCCAUUUAUCAGCUAGUUUUCCAUAUACAGCUGAUGUGUUUUCCCCA